CUGUUGCAGCAGAAGCCAGGUGCCCAAAUGGUUUGGCUGAUCUGGAGUUCUUCUGGGGCCCACACUUGAAACUACCAUUAAAUCUAUUUCCUCUGUCAAUUCCAGAUCAAAUGCUGACUUCAGGCCAGCUUCCCUUGUUAGAAUGCAGAACUCCAAGGUUGUGGGUGAAGAUCGUGGUGUAGUUAAUGUCUCAGAAGAUAUCACCUCUGACCUCCAUGGCCAAGACAGUUGGUGCUGUAGCAACAUUGCAAAUCUCAGAAGAGAGAUUUCAACAUGGACUUGUGGGCUAACGCUGACUGUGUGGUCAUGACUGAAUGAAAGAGAUAUGCAUCCAUACUGCUGCUGUGAGAUAUAAAGAGGUACUAAAACAGGGAAUGGCAGGAAAAUCUAUGUGAGGUUAAAGCAUAUUUGCCUCAGGAUUUUGAAAGUGGCCAAGGAUAAAAACACAUGGAUAUGAUUCAUUAGGAAGUGGAGCUUUGCCUCUCAUUGCCAGAUCUUGGAAUGUAAAGAUCACAGAUCCAUCUAUUUACCAUAAAACACUGCUGUAGAGAUUGCCUGCAUAAGUCAAUGUAAUAAUGAACUACUUGCCUGGUUUCUGGUUAAUGUAUGUGUGUAGCUAUAUAUGUGUAAUUACCUUGUAUAAAAGUAUGUAUGUGAAAUACGGGGAGUGUGAGAGAGCAGCUGGCUCACUGAGUGACAGCAUGCAUACGUAUUACAGACUGCUGAUGUUUACCAGAUGUUUCCGAGAGUCAAGGCAAGUUUAAAGCGAGCCCCUGCAGUUGGACACUUAAGCAGUCUCUGAGAGACCCCCAGACUCUCCAGAUCUACACUGUUCUCAUAUAUCACCACCAAGAAGCUGCUUUAGUUCAAGCUCGGUUACUAAUUGAUCCCUUGGGAAAAUGCAGGGGAGAACUCUGAUCUUGCUGAUAUUUUCCACCAAUGUUUGUGUAACUGCACUUUCUAAACGGAAUAAAGUUCUCUUCCCAUCUGCACAGAGGUUAAAAAGAAAUCUAGAUUCCGACAUUCCUAUUAAUCCUGUGUUCCAGAGGUCACAGAAGGACGUGGAGCUGCUGUAUGAGUUUCUUCUGGGUGGGUGGAAUAUCGAUGACAACCUUAAGUGUUCCCUGAAGGAUGAGGAGCUUGCGUCAAUGAGACCAGGGAAAAAGUUUAAUGUUAUCAUUAAUAACGUCAUCCCCAAGAAUAUUACUGACAUUCGAAGACUUAUUUACAGACUCUCCAAAUAUAAUGGGCAGCUCAAGCCUAUGGACUUUGAAAGGAUGCUGUUCACCUUGUUGUUCACAACUUAUCAAACAUCUAAAUACCAAGGGCAUCAACAGGACACCUGGGCAGAGGCACUAGUGGACAUCUUUCAGGCUUUAAGACAUGAUUUAAUGCUUUAAUAACUUGGAUUUCGAGGGCAUUGGAUGUGAAAAUAGGCCCAUUCAACCUCUAACUGUUGAAUACUUAAUUAUCUUAUAAUUUACAUCAAAGUUGCUGGUGAAUGCAGCAGGCCAAGCAGCAUCUAUAGGAAGAGGUGCAGUCGACGUUUCAGGCCGAGACCCUUCAUCAGGACUAACCUGAUAAGUCGACUGCGCCUCUUCCUAUAGAUGCUGCUUGGCCUGCUGCGUUCACCAGCAACUUUGAUGUAUGUUGCUUGAAUUUCCAGCAUCUGCAGAAUUCCUGUUGUUUAUCUUAUAAUUUGGUGGUUUUCAGUGAUUCUACUAUAAUUCAGUGAUUUUUGGUGUUUCUCUAGUUUUCUGAACAGACAUUAAUCUUUCCAUAGAUCGUUGCAAUACUUGAAUUGCAAAACAGUCAGUUUCACAAAAAGUAGUGUGGACUUUAGCUCCCUGCAGGCUCUCUUCAAAUUCCUCACCAUCUGAUUUGGAAAUAUAUAUGAAUCCUUCAUCUUCACUGGUUCUAAAUAUUGGACAUCCUAUGCAAGAACUUUAUGGGAGUACCUUCACUAGAAAGACUGCAGUGGAUCUAAAAGGCAGCUACCAUCUUUUCAAAAUGUAAUGGGCCUAUGUCCAAAAAUAAAUAAAUAAUAACAAAAAUCAUAAUCUAUUCAAACCAAAAUAAGAAUCUUAAUAGAGAUUAAAACAAAACUAUUUCUGGACAAAAGAGAUAACAAACUUUCAUUGAAACAGUUACCUUGUUACUCCUUCUCUUUAUUGAAGUAGCAACACAGAGCUUGAAAAUAAUUCAUUAAAGGUAAAUGAGCCUAAGCUUCAUUUAUUUUAAUAUAUUAUAGGAAACUAUGUAGAGUGCAAUAUUGAUUCUUUAUUCUGAUUUGUAUAUCAAUUAAGUAAUUCAUUCUAACUACUGGAUCUUGUCCUGGGCAACUCAGUACAGUUCCAUAUAAUACUUUCCCUUCUGAACAUUGUGUUCAAAUCCAAGGCAAAUUAAUGAAAUGAAGGUCUCCUUCUCUGCAGGCUAUGGGAGUCCUAAGGAAGAGUAUGUGAGUUCCCUUCAUAAGGCAAUCGAUAAUCUGGCAACAAAUUACGGUUAUUACUGAUCAAUUACUCCCCUGAGGGUAGAAUUUAGUGGUGGGACCUUUAUUCUGCAAUUGGCUAUGUUAUAUCUAAAUUGAUACAGAAUGCCUGUAAGGAUUUAAAUUUCUAAGAAGAUAUAAAAAUCUUGUAAAGCAAGCUGAUGAUGAAGUGAGAUUAGUCAGUUUUUUUUUCAAUGAAACAGGCAUUCUAAUUUUUGUAUAUGGUCUGCAUUUAACAAUUACCUGCACACAGUUAACCAGAAAAAAAGCAUAACUUCAUUGCAGAUUUAAAAGUAUAAAUUGCUUAAUUAAUUAAAAUGCAACAUAAAAAUAUGAAGUUGUUGUGUUCGGGUAAGCACUUUGAAUUUGUUUCCUCGAUGUUGUUGGGUGAGGGGUAAUUUUCUGGGCAUUAGAGUCAAUGUGCAGAAAAUGUAACAUCGCGCUAUGUGGGUGGUUAUUCUUAUUUGCUGAGGUGUGUUUAAAAUAGUAAUAACCAUUUUCUAUUGGAAACGAAAAUACUCAUUAAAACCAUUAUUAGUUGGAUGAAUCUAAGUAAGCAUACCCCUUGUGGAUACAAAUUUUCACAGACUAGCAUAACUGAGGAAACUUAGAAAAGGAUAAUAAUAUGGAAUUUUCUUCCAUUCUGAUGGGUCUGCUCUUUUGGGAGUUGGAGCAAGUAAAAUGGGAUAUUAAGGAGUAUCAAUUAAAAGGGAUCUCUAGAUACAGUUAAUGUCAUUACCUAAGCCAGACUGAAAACUGAAUCAUACAAACAGACUCAUUUUAACAGCAUUACACAUAACAGAAAUAACAUGUAUGUAAAUGCAGAGUGAAAUAAAUUACCUGCCACAUGAAAAAUUGUCAGUACAUUGCUUUGCAUAACAUCUGUCAGCAUUAUAUGCAAGUCCCUUUCUUAAUCAAUGUGGUUAAAAAUAAGGGGAAGAAAGAUAAAAAUGCUGUCUUAAAAGAUAUAUUUAUUGUCUUAGUUGAAGAAAUAAUAUAUGUUCCUAGUAUGCUUUCUUCAUCUAUAUAAAAAUUCAGAGGUCACCUUCUGUGCUCUGUUAUCAUUGAAAUAUCAUUUGUGGAAUAGGAGAGCAAUUUAUCAUUCCAUUGAAAAUUCUUAAUUUUUUGUUAAGAAUCAGGAAUUAAUGGAAAUCCUGUUAACAGAAACAUAAUUAUUCCAAAUGUUUUAAUAGUCAAAGUGCAGAUCUAACUGCUAAAGGGCAAAUCAUUCUAAUAUGUUGAAAUGUUUUUAUUAUAUUCGACUGCAGAUCUGAGUUCUACUUUUCUAUCUGGAAAGUUCCCCAUUCACUGGUGUUAGGAUCUGUUAUUGGCCACAGGUGAUCCAUUCAUAUGUUUGUGAAUGAUGUACAUUAGUAGGUUAAAGAAACCUUGAGGUUGUCUAAAAAUUUGCUUCAAGAAUGUUCUCUCACAACCAUCUUUCUUUGGAAGCUACAGUAUUUGGCUUCUUGACUUCAUUGAAUAUACUUUAGAUUUCUAGUUUGGAGAAGUUGGCAUUUUGUAGUCUCGUGACCUCUCUCAGAUCUUGGCCAUGGCCUAUUGCUUAAGCUGUGGAUGUUUCUAUGUUCAAACUUUUUAGACAUUAGAAGCGAACUUUUAAGUUCUCAGCAAUGUCAUCUUCUAAAUGUUGCCUCUGCUGAGGCUCAUUUUCACAUUUGUUAGGGUCAUUGGUUUAUUAUUGUCACAUGUACCGAAGUACAGUGUAAAGUUUUGUUUGCAUGCCAUCUAGAUAGAUCAUUCCACGCAUAAGUACAUCAGACUAGUACAAAAGGAAAACAAUCACACAAUGCAGAAUAGUGUUUACUAACAUAUGAAACUAUGAUGAUCCUAUCUUUGCAUGGAUUUGGUGGGGGAGAGCUCCUUACAGCAAAUAGUGAGCAGCGGAUACAUGAUAUUAAA